UCACAAGAGCUGGGAGCCAGGCGCCUGCUUGGAGAGCAGAUUAUGAAGCGGCGCUCCAGCAGCGGCAGUCUCCUCUCAUAGUCUCAAUGGCUGCGCACGCAUUCCUCCUGUGCUCCAUCGCCUUGCUGUCUGCUUUCAGUCGGACUGCUCUGACUCUGUCCGAGGAAGAGCUGCAGCCAGGACUCACUUACGAUGAAGUGCCUGAGAUCUUGGACAGAAGCAGAGAGAACCCCAAACAAGCCACAAGAGUCACAUCAAGUCAGGAUGGAGAGUAUGGCUUAGAAAGUGAAGAGGUUAUUUUGACGCCUGAAGAUGAAAAUCCACUCAGGAGAAUCCUGCAGCCCUUCAAGUGGCAUCAUGCAGGAAUGUCUCACAGCAAGAGGAAACUGCUCCAGUCGCUGAUGGGACCGUACGGCCCUCUGAGCGUGACCUACAACGGCAAGACGUGCAUUCUCUUCAAAGCAAAGCGCCUGGCCAUCCGCUACAAGAACCACACCUUCAUUGACCUGACUGAGAGAGUGUUCAAUGCCAACUCACCCUUGGACACCAAAGGCUCGGUCUGCACCAAAGAGAAGGCCACGCUUUCGUUAAAAUUUGGUGACGUGGAAGACUUGCGAGGUCUUGUGAUCAGGCUUCAGAUGUCAAACACCUUCUACGAAGCAGCAGGUCAAAACUGGUUCACGCUAGACAGUGUGCAUAUCCACUACAACUGGACGCAGGAGGCCACAUUCAACGCCAGCGAGGUUUACGCUCCAGCCACGUCGUCCUACCACUGCCAGCACGUCAGCAGUCUGCACAAAUAUGACACUCUGCUGGUGCCCAGCUCCCACACCGACACGUCGGCCAACUGGCACAUUACUUUCACAGAUUUCCAGAUUCAGGCCUUCAACGUGCAGUCGGACAAGUUUGCGUCAGCCAGUGACUGCGCCACUUUCUUGACGCCGGCCAUCCUCAUGGGCUUGGUGACGUCACUGAUCCUGCUCCUUGUCCUGGCCUACGCCCUGCACAUGGUGGUCCACCUCAAGCACAUCGACCGCUAUGAGGAGCACAAGGCAACCGUCUACUUCCCCCGGAGUCCAGAGGCUGAACUGCCGGACAAGAACAGCCUUUGAGGAAAGAGGACAGGCGCAAAGAGAGGAAAAGCAAGCGUGUGGCAGAAAGCGAGUCAUGGAAAAAGUAUCCUCCACAGAGUAUUUCUUCAACAAAAUGCCUGUUCACAUGAAAACCUUGUAAAUCACUUGUAAGUAAAUGCGGGAUACUCUUUCCUCAUUGACUUGUAUCUUGGCAUCCAUUGUCCGGAUGCUCAAGCCUCUCCUGGGCCGACAGUUCAUGUGAUCCAAAUGUCAAAAGGUCAAGGAGAGUCCUGAGGCCCUGAGGGGCAACAGCGGCCUUUACCCCAGCCAGCCAUGCGACCCUUACCGGGCUAUCUGUCACUGACACAGCUAACAUCAGAUGCUCUCAAUUUAGAUGUAAGUAACACAUGAGUCACUCACAACUGUCAUACCACAAGCUUUCGCCAGUCAUCAUCUUUCCAGAUUUCUCGAAGGUAUCCAUCGUCCUACUGCUGCAACAACUAUAAGCUUCAAACAGCCAGUUUUAGCACUGGAAUAGUCCUGUUAGCUGCAUGCCGUGAAAAAGCUGGGUAAUUUGAGCUAGUGCAGCGUUUCCUGAUAAUCUGAACGUGUUGCAUGAAGUGCAGUUUAAAAUAAGCAAGUAAGGCACAAAGCAAAAGGAGCCCGAGAAGCUUCCGGGUUCCAAGAGAAUGGGAAAGCAAGGAAAUUCUGGUCUAGCAUCUGGCUGGAGUGAACGGCCCUUCUGAGCCUUUCAUGUCUUUCAUGCCGUCUCUAAACAAGACCGCUGCUUGGGAUUUAACUGUGAAAUGGCCUACUACGGACCAGAUGGAUGUAGAUGAGUGGCGAGCGGUUCUACAAACUAGCACAACAUUGGUUAGUAGCGAAAGCACUGACCAGAAGACUUAAAAACUAUACGAAGAACAAAGGUGCAAAAGACAUCCCGCCUGAGGACGACACAAGAGUGCAUCUCUCCGGUGAAAUGGCUCUUUGAGAGUCAAGAUUUUGGACAAGACACUGGGUGUGACUGCCAACGUGAAGCUUCAGAGGUCUUGCCAUCAAAAAUAUGCUGAGUGAGAUAUUGUGUAAAAGAGCUAACCAUUUCAGCUAUGUACAAAACAAAGACAUGUACAGAAGUGUCACUCUGCAGAGGUCUUUUUUUUUCUUUUCGUCUUUUCUUUUAUAUACGAUGUAAUCAUGAAAAACUUACUGGUACAGGACAACGAUGCUCAAACUCCGAAAGAAAAGGAUAAAUGUCCGCAUCGCUUUACAACAGCUGUUUAAUUCUAAUAUAAGAAGCAAAAUUACAUGACGUUGUGCAAACAGAUGAGGAUUGGUGUUAUGAUUAUUUUCCCCCUUCCUGCAUAUGUCUGACUUUGUUUAAAGAUGGGUUCUGAUGAAGUCAAGUGCAGUCAAUCUAACUGUAAUUGUAAAUCCAAAUUCCUGCCAUAGAGAAAAAAUACACAAUGGAAUGCCAUCCAGCACCUGGGAUUUAUUGAUACCACGAUUAUGCCAGAAGCCACACUAGCAACAAUAACAGCAUCAGUAAGUCAUUACCAUUGAUUAAAAAAAAGUCUCAGCAUGACAAUAAGUAGAUAUCUUAACAUUCGAUAUGGCAGUUCUGUCAAUCUGUAGCAGUGUCAAAUGUGUUCUUUGGUCAUAAGUGUAUCCUACAAACUACGAAAUAAGUGCGGGUAGUUUGUCCGAGGACCAACUGAUUGAACAAUAAAUGAUAUUUAGUGGAGAA